GGGGGAAAGACCUGGAGUCAUGUGACAGCGGCGGCGAAGAGAGAGAGAGCCGGCUCCAGGGAGUCUCCUGCAGAUGCUGAGUCUGAGCAAAGCGAAGAGGAAGUCCGUAUUUUUCACUUCUCUGUGCAUGAUUCAAAGGUUUCGGAUUUGAUGUCAUUUGCCUCACAGAAUGGCUGACUAAGUGCUGAGGCUGUGGUUCUCUUUUUCCAGUCUUCUGUCUGUGUGGCGAUGGCGUUCUGUGAAGCCACGAUCAACAGAGACCAACAGGAUUGGAACUGGAACCCAGAGGCUGAGGAGAAGACCAGUCUGCUGCAGAAUCCGGCAAGCCGUGUUGGGAAACGGGAAGGAGGCACGCCAGCCCACGGGGCUGUGUUCAUCGUGGUGAAUGCCGCCCUUGGCGCCGGGCUGCUGAACUUUCCCUACGCUUUCUUUGUGGCUGGGGGAGUGGUGACCGGCAUCGUCCUGCAGCUGUGUUUAGUGUUGUUUAUCAUCGCUGGCUUGGUAAUUCUGGCCUACUGCUCACAGGUCAGCAGCAAGACCACUUAUCAGGAGGUGGUGAGGGCAGCCUGCGGGCCAGUGAUAGGCACUGUCUGUGACAUCCUCAUCGCUAUUUACACCUUUGGCACCUGCAUCGCUUUCUUAAUCAUCAUUGGAGAUCAGCUGGAUAAGAUAAUUGGGGCAUUGAUGCACACGCCUGAGGGAGAUGCUUCAGUCAGUGGUCACUGGUACAGUGACCGCAAGUUCACCAUUUCAGUCAUUUCACUCCUGGUCAUCCUACCCCUCUCCAUCCCCAAAGAGAUCGGCUUCCAGAAAUAUGCCAGUACCCUGAGUGUGCUGGGCACUUGGUAUGUGACCAUCAUAGUCAUCGUUAAAUACAUCCUGCCAGAUCAAGAUAUCCACACUGGGGAUAUCCCUACCAGCCCUUCCUCCUGGAUGGCCGUGUUUAAUGCUAUUCCAACCAUCUGCUUCGGAUUCCAGUGCCAUGUGAGCAGUGUGCCAGUGUUUAGCAGUAUGGAGCGGCCAGGGCUACAGCGUUGGAGCUGGGUGGUGACAGCGGCUGUAGUGAUCUGUCUGUUUGUGUACACAGGCACAGGGGUCUGUGGUUUCCUGACAUUUGGCUCCAGUGUAAAUGUCGACGUGCUGCUGUCCUAUCCGUCGACCGAUAUCUCUGUCACCAUUGCUCGUGCUGCUAUCACCCUCUGUGUGGUCACAUCCUACCCCAUCCUUCACUUCUGCGGCAGGUCUGUGAUUGAAGGACUUUGGGUUCGUUACGUGGGGGAGGACGUGGACCUGUCCCGGGAGAGACGCCGCCGGUUGCUGCAGACCCUUGUCUGGUUCUCCCUCACUCUGGUCCUGGCACUUUUCAUCCCAGACAUUGGGAAAGUGAUCUCUGUGAUUGGGGGCUUGGCAGCCUGCUUCAUCCUCGUCUUCCCAGGACUGUGCCUGAUUGAAGCAAAGCUAGCAGAGAUCCAGCAUGUCGAUUCCAGCAGGUGGUGGGCCUCAGUGCUGUGCGGGAUCGUCAUGGUAUGUGCAGGAGCUUUCAUCUUUGGCCAGAGUACAGUGAACUCUAUCUUCCAGGACCUCCGUAACUGAUCACCAGACCCUGUAGCCCCCUGUUUAUCCUCCUUUUGCAAUGUUUUCCACAGUACACAGGUGACCAGUUGAUGCAAUCCGAAAGGCAUUGAAAUGAAGCCCCUGCGCAAUGUUUACACGGAUGCUGCUGGGACCUGUCAGCCGAGACGCAACUAUAAUCACCCGUGUUGUCAGAGGAUCAGACUCUGCAAUAAAUUGGUGCUCUAUUAUUUCCUGUUCGGACUGUUGCAAUCCCGGUGAUUCUGACACUCUUGGGCAUUGGUGUGUCACAGGAUAUCUUUUUCUAACCCUUGAGGUCUUCUGCUACCUGUUUACCUGCCUCCUUUGGAAGCUGCUGCCUGUGUAGAGGAGGCAGUGAGGUGACUCAGACUGCACUGCCUUGACUGUGAUCGCAGGAGUGUUUGUAACAUCUUUUGGAAAUGAGUCCCCAGGGCCUGGUUCAGUGCAGCAGCUCACAUUCCACCUUUAGAAACUGUACCAUUUCUUGACCAAAGGUUUGUGUGACUUUGACCCCGUGCAGGAAGUAGCUGAUGAUCAUUUUCUUUCCAGAAAGUUUGUUUUUUGUCCAGAGCCCUCCCAUUUGUCAGGAGAUCUUUCCGUCCCACCAGGUGAGACGCGCCCCCCCCCCCCCCCUCCAAGAUUUAAACUUCUAGAUCAGCACCAAGUGGAGAUGAGUGAGUUUCUGAUCAUUUCGUUUCUGCUCGUGGUUGAACGGAGACUUUUAUCCAUGUCAAGACAAGCCAAGCCAUGCAUUCCAAUGUGUGUGUUAUGGUUGUAUAAAGUGAGAUGAUUGUUCAAAAUGUUUGCGAACGACUGCUCCUUAUGAUGAGAUUUUAACAUGUCAGUUCCUGAUUAAAUGGUCACUUUGGCAGUACAGGAAUACGGUGCUUGAGAUCACCAGAACAGACUCAAGAGGCUGAAUGGCCCCUAAUUCAUUUGGUUCUAAAUUCUUUGCCUACAUCUAGGGGAUGGUCAUUCGUUGCCCAGUGCUGUCAGUGUCUCCCAUGAGUAGGAAGGGAGUGUUGCCAGUGAAAUGAUUGAAGGAGGGAGGGAAGAUCUGAUUUGUGGUUCUUGAACAAUGGAGCAGGUUUGGUUUCAUAGCGCACAAUCGGGCAGCUUUCCAGCCGCACGUUCCAGAUUGUAGACACUGGGUGUGUGUGGACAGCUGUAAUCCAGCCUCUCUUUUCAGGCAGGCCUCCAAAAGCCCCAAUCAGCUGGCCAGUGUUGGUGACCUACUGUGGGACUUUCAAAGGUAAUGACUGAAAAUCACUGCCAUCUAAUCAUUCUCCACUUUUAGUAAACUUUUGCUAGGUUCAUCUCCAUUUAAAAAUUGCUGUGCUUCAAAAUAAUCUUAAGAACAGAAGCCUUCAUCCAUUUUUCCUCUCUUUUCAAAAUGUUCUAAAUUCCAAACCUAAUGUUUUUGACGAAACCCUGUCUGCCUAUUCCAGCUGAUUGCACGAGAAUAUUCAUUCUUGCUACAAUGGAAGCAAAUCAGCUGCACAAUCCCAAGGAGUCCUCGUUUAGUACUGAGGUAGCCAAACAUACCCAAGGCUUAAAGACUCAGUGGCCAGUUCCUCUACAACUGCUCCCUUUUACUAUCUAAUCUAUUAUCCUCACCACCACCUCUUCUCUAAUUCUGACCUUCACCAAAAUUCCUUCAUCUGGCAGAUUUGCAUUCUGCUCUCUGGAAGCUCAGUUUUGGAAUUUUCAUGCCUCCUCUUCCAUUCAGACACUCUUUGACCAAGGCCUCUGUGGCCUUUCCCUGUGUUACUCAGUUUCAGGAUUUGCUUAAUGAUCAACCUUAUGAAAUGGCUCGGAAUGUUUUGCUGGUUGAUUCUAUACAAAUGCAAAAAAUCGUUCAUGAGCUGGGUGGAGAAGGGGGCACGGGAUGUUCAUCAUUCACUUGCUGCCCUGGCCAGCAUUUAUUGCCCAUCCCUAGUUGCCCUUGAAGGGGUGUAGUGAGCUGCCUCCUUGAUUUUGCUGCAGGUUCAGGGGCUUCGUGCUGAAGGUUGACCCACAGUGCUACUAGGGAAGUAAUUUCAGAAUUUUUACCCAGCAUUACUGAAGGAAUCUGCCAUAUAUUUUGAAGUCUGAAUGGUGUUCCCAUGUAUCUGCUGCUGUUGCGCUUCCAGAUGGAAGCGGUCAUAGAUUUGAAAGGUGCUAUCUAAGGAACCUUGGUGAAUCCUUGCAGUGCAUCUUGUAGGUGGUAUGUACAAUGGUGAGUGAAUGUUGAAGAUGGUGGAUGUAGUGCCAAUCAUAUGGGCUACCUUGUCCGGGAUAGUGUCUAAUUUGUGUUGGGGCUACACUCAUCUAGGCAAGUGGGGAGUAUUCCAUCACACUCCUGACUUGCAUUUUGUAGACAGCAGACAGACUGUAGGGAGUCAGGAGAUGAGUUUCUCAUUAAAGAAUUCCUAGUUUAAGAUCUGCUCUUAUCGUCAUGGUGUUCAAUUCAGUUUCUGUUCAAUGGUAACCCUCAGUGUUGAAAGUGGCAGCUUCAGUGAUGGCAAUGUCAUUGAGUGUCAAGGGUGAUGGAUUCUCUCUAGUUGGAGAUGGUCAUUGUCUGGCACUUCGUGUAGUCUGUUAUUUGCUGCUUGUCAACCAAGCCUAGAUGUUGUCAGUCUGAGCUGAUUACUAAUCGCUGAUCCACUGGCCAGUGUAACCUAGCGGAGACCAGUUGACACCAAGAGAUGAGAGCAGCAUUGUGUAAAUGAUGCAUUGCUGGAGUAAAUGCCCUUCAGGGGAGAAACUGUCAGCUUGUUCGAGCUGAAUGAUGCUCCACGUGGCAGUGCCAGCUUUCUGGGUAACAAGCUGCCUUCCAGCAGCAGGUAACACGUGUUACAGCCUGUCCCUAGGUGAGGCUGUCGAACCUGUUUCCAAACAGAAUGGCCCAAAUCACCAAGCUCCUGGAUGAGAAACGAUGGAUGCCUCCCCCACUUCUUUAUUCAUACAGUAACAGAUUAGAAAUGUGAGGUGCCGAUAGUGGAAUGCUGUGGCUGUUAUUUUGGGUGAUGCCAGUAGCACUGAUACUGGUUGGUGAGUGGGUUGAAAUUGCCUCUAACCUCGAAUCUUGUGUUCUCUUGAAUGAGAAACACUAAUAUAUCUCCUACCCAGACUACUGAAUUUCUCCUGUUGUGUUAAUAAUCUAUAAUAACUUCCAGGGCAUUACAGCUCAGUUUGUAUUGAGUUUUUCCCUUUUCAAAACCCUCUCUUUGAAACUCAAUUGACUCAUAUCAGGUGUGAUUUUCCAGGGUCACCCUGGAUCCAGAUAUACCACACACCAGGCCUUCCAGGCAAUUACUUAAUUACAUUGCUGAAAAUUAACAUUUUCAAUCAUUAUUUUGUCUCCAACAGCAAACACAUUUAAAGGUUUGUGUCGGUCAGUGCCCUGAUCCUCCGUCGUGACACCAGUCACCAUUGCAUUUCAAACAAUGUGCUCAUGUAUAAAAUAAACUGUGAUGUAACCCUGUGUUAACAUACCCACUGUCAAAGUAACACCUUGCAUGUGAAAUUUAUACAUUAAAGUGUGUCUCUCUAGAGGGGAAAUAUUGAAGAGGAA